UUUCGUUUUUGUUAGUCUUACGAAUUGUUUCUUAUUUGUGAAAGCUCGUCGAACGGAAGCAAAUCUCGCUUUUUUACCCUUUUGAAAAAUAAAGGAAAAAGUUCGUAAAAAGCGAAAUAGCCCAUCGAAUUAAGCCCGAACGUAAGUGGAAAAGAUCAUAUACCAAAAUGGUUGCCAUUAGCAUGGAUUCAGUAAUUGAUAUCUCUGCCGCGGAUCAGUCCUCGGCGUCGACGGGCGUCCCUAUUAAGGAGGAGCUAGCAAAUGGCGACUACAUUCUGGUUGCCGUUGACAUCGAUACAACAGGACGCCGUCUCAUCGAUGAGAUUGUCCAAUUGGCAGCUUAUACUCCGACCGAUCAUUUCGAGCAAUACAUUAUGCCGUAUAUGAAUCUAAAUCCUGCUGCGCGUCAGCGUCAUCAGGUUCGCGUAAUUUCGAUUGGAUUUUUUCGUAUGCUGAAGUCGAUGCAGACUUACAAGAUCAUCAAAUCAAAAUCAGAGGUCGCUGCUCUAAAAGACUUCCUUGACUGGCUGGAUCAAUUAAAAUCGAAAAAUCCGAAUUCGGAUGGCAUUGUCCUGCUCUACCAUGAGGAACGCAAGUUCAUUCCAUAUAUGAUCUUGCAAUCGUUGGUCAAGUACGGCAUGCUCGAUCGAUUCACCAAGACAGUAAAGUCUUUUGUAAAUAGCUUCAAUCUGGCCAAGUCCUCAGUUGGCGAUACCAAACACUAUAGCCUACGCAAUCUGUCAAAGAUAUUGAGUAAGGCCAAGGAGGAGAACGCCAAGGGCGUUGGCAACGUCAACGAUAACGAAGCUGAUAGUAAUAGUAGCAGCGCUGAUAAGCAUGUAAAGAAUGGACUCCAACAAAAGGAGCGAGAUGAGUUCGAUGGCAGUGCCAGCGUCCGUGCCAAGCUAACCUUCAAUGUGGCUCUGCAGCUAAGUAAUUUAGACAUCAGCUGCAACAUUGCUGAGCCAGAUUCAUCGGCGGAGGCCUUGGGCAAUCUGUUUAACGCUCUUAAGCCAUUCACAGAGGCAAUUAGCGGUGAUGUUAAGGAGCUGGAUACACAAAAUGUUCAUUUAGAGCGACAAAAUUCGUUUCGUCCCGUCUUCUUGAACUAUUUCAAGACCACGCUCUAUCAUCGUGUGCGUGCCGUCAAAUUUCGUAUUGUGCUGGCAGAGAAUGGUUUUGAUUUGACGACAUUGAAUGACAUUUGGACUGAAAAGCAUGCUGAGGGGCUGGAUGCUGCCCUGCAAGGUAUUGCAAGCCUUAAGGUCGAAGAUAAAAAUGAGCUUGUCGAAUUACUCGAUAGCUUCUUUGAUCCCAAUAAGGUUACCAUUAAACCGAUCAUCAAGCCAAGUACCAUUCGUCGUCGCAAUAAGCGUAACGCGCCCACCCACAAGUCCGGGGGCGGUGGAAAUGGUUCACGUUCGGCCAGCGAUGAAUUUGGUGCCGGCGGGGAUAAGUCGCAGAGCUUAUCAUCUGUACCGGACUCUACUACCAAAACCCCAUCGCCUAUCAAGAACAGCGGACGUCCACAACGCAAACGCAACACGCGUCCCACUCUCAAUACUAAGGAGGGCAAGAAUGCCGAAUCGUCACUAAAUAAUACAGCUCCGGCUAGCAUCUCCUUGCCCAACUAUGUACCCAUUGCGGCAACUAACUAACGGGGGCGCGGCGCAAACAAUUUGAAAAUUUACUUUUCCAGCCACAAACAGAUAACCCAAAUAUGAUGAUAAAAACCACAAAAAUUUGUCAAAGGAAUCUACCAACAUAGAAAAAUAGUAAAAAAAUUAGAAAA